UUUGACAACCUCAGGUUUGAAGCCUCAAGCCCUCCCUCAGGUUUGAAGCCUCGAGCCCCUCUCCUGCUUCAAACCACCAUCUCUCCUCUAUUCUCUCCCUUCUUCCCUCUAUAUGCCUUCAAAGUAAACCAAACAGUCUCAAAGCCAUGAACCAACACAAGACCGACAACAAUCUCCGUUACGUAGGUGGCCUCACACGUGUUCUCGCCGCCGAUGUCUCCAUUUCCUUUGUAGAUGCUGACGACGAUGAUUUUUCCAUAGCCAAAAGGGAUGCCGCUUCGUCUUCCUCUCUGCGGCUGCCAUUGAAGAAGCUCUUCUUUGAAGAGCGGGAUACGCCGAACUCGGUAAAGUCGUUUUACAACUCAGAAGGUGGACUCAAGUCCUGAUCCAUGAGAGCAACCAGCUUCUGAGUUUGAUCAUCAACACCUUUUACAGCAGCAAGGAGAUCUUUCUCCGUGCGCUCAUCAGUGACGCCUCUAAUUCGUGAUUCUGCUGAACAUUUUAACGCAAUAUUGUGAAGCUUUUGCUGCCAUGGUGGAUGGGAAAAGUCAGGAGAUGUCAACUAAAGAAUUGUCAGGAGGAGGCAGGAUCCACUACAUCCUCCAGCCAAUUUUUGUAAAGUGCUUGGAGGAAGUGGACCCCUGUGAUGAUCUAACUGAUGAUGAUAUUCGAAUGGCUAUUCAAAAUGCUUCUGGUGCAAGAAAUGCUUUAUUUGUGCUUGAGGUCCCAUUUGAAUUUUUAGUUAGGAGACAAAAUGCUCGUCUGUUAGACCCAAGCCUUCAGUGUCUUCGAUUUGUUUAUGAUGAACUAAUGAAGAUAAGCCACGCUUGUGAGGUAACUGAGUUGCAAAGGUUUCUAGUAUUGAGAAAGCAUCUAGAUGAAGUCAUGGUAAAAUUUUUGCGCGAUGGUGUAGAACCUGCUGAGAGAAUGAUAGGAAAUCUUAUUGAGAUGGAUGUAUCUCUCUGUUAACCUUAUUACCACUAUAGUUUAUUCACUCAGAAUUAAGAUCUAGGACAUUGUUGCGUGUAUGCUUGUUUUUUGUUAAAUUUGU